GGUGAGCCGGAGGAGCCAGUCGCGGCCCGGGCAGGGCGAGCCCGCCGGCGCGCAGCAUAGGAUUGCCAAGGGGGCCACACGUGGCAGCGGCAACACCAGCAGUGCUGGAGAGCGAUGGAGACCGAGAAGAAACCUGGGCGCGAUGAGGAUGAAAAUGCUGCUGAAGAGGCGGUAGCGGUGGCAACUGUUUCGCCGAGAGAUGCGGACGGUGGGCCCCCCUCUGCGGCGGCCGCUGAGAACUGCACAAGCAAACGGGGUUUCUUGGAGUCGUCAGGCUCGGAUGGGGCUGUCGUGGAGGAGGACGGAAGCGCUCGUGCUGCCAAGCGCAUGAAGUUAGCCGAGGGCGAGUCCCCGCAGUCUGGAGAGCAGGGCGCGCUUGGGACAGAGGCCCCCGAGAGCUCGGAUGGAGGCGGGGCAGCGCAGGUGGCCAUCCGGGGCAACAGCUUGGAUGGGGCACCGCGUCCACCCCAGGCCUUCUCCCUCUCGGGCAGUUUUCACACCACUGAAGCUGUUUCUGUGAAAACAGAUCCCGAAGAAAAGCCUGCUCGGGCAAGGGCAUCCCCUGAUCCAGAGAGGGCCUCUCCUUCAUCCCUGCAGCAGAUGAGCGUCGCCUGUGCCCCUGGAGACGCAGACAUGGGUCUCAGGUGCCACCUGUGCGGUCAGUUGUUUCCUUCCAGCUCUGACCUGCAGAAGCAUGGCGACUGCAGGUCGCAGCCAGCAGAGGGACACGCUUGCCACCACUGCGGCCCCGUGGCGGGGAGCAGCGCCAUGUUGCAUGCACAGGCCAUGCGGGGGCCAGGGCCGCAGCAGGCCUUCUCCUGCGACCUCUGCGGCUUCCAGUGCUCGGAAGAAAGCCUGUUGGACGCACACUGCCUCGGGAAAACACAUCUCCGCCGUCAGAACCUCGCGGCUCGUGGAGGAUUUGUGCAGAUCUUAACAAAACAACCUUUUCCUAAGAAACCAUGUGCCAUGGGAACCAAAGGUGGUCCUGCAAAGCCACGAGCUAAGCCAGCAGCAAAGACUAGUGUUUCCAAAGGAUUACAGAAUGCUGGGGGCAUAUGCGGAGAUUUCAGGGGAAGCACGUCCAAGCAGAGUGGAAGCAACAGUGAGCUCCUUGUAGAGAUGACGCCCUCCACGGACCCUGUGUCAGAGCGAGUAGAGGUAGCGGAAGAAAACGUGGCUCCCUGUGGUGUGGCCGGGAACCCUGAAAGCCAGAGGAUGGAGCUGGGCCCCGUCGUGACCUCAGACAGUCUCUUAGAUCAAUCUACAAAACACACCCCACCUUCGGCGCACGAAACCGGUGCUGCCUCAAAACCCAGGCCUGAGCGGAACAUUCUCCUGUUGAGCAACAGCUUCCGACGACGAGCUGGUACUUUUGCCCUAAAAGGUCAAGCGAAGAAAAGGUUUAAUCUUUUAGGAAUUAAUAAAAGAGGCACAAGUGAAACCCAGAGGAUGUUCAUGAAACACUUUAGAACACAGAGAGCCAGUGACGCGCAGUCAGUGCCCAGACACGCCGGGGUCAGCGGCAGUGUCCACGGAGCAUGCGGGGCUUCUCCGGCCACUCAGGAUCCUCAGCAGGGAGGGGGGGACUCCCAUCGCCCGUGCUCCCUGGACUCCCUGACCGCAAGGCCAGCUUCUGACCACCAGACGCCGUGGACUGGCACAGACUGCGGCCUCCCAGCUGCGGGCAGGACGGAGCUGGAAGUCCACGUGAGACAGGGCCAUGCGCGCGAGAGGGCGUUUUCCUGCCAGACGUGUGGUCUUUCCAGUACGUCCAAGGGGGAACUAGAGGAACAUUCGCAUGAUAACCAGCAUCAGCAAACUGCCUCUGUCCUCACUUGUCAGUGUUGCCCAUUUACCUUCUUGAGUGAGCUGAGCCUCAGGGAGCACAUGAGGGAGAAGCACAGCGCGGGCUUUCUCUGCACGCUGUGUGACCUCCUCCUCCUGUCCCCGGAGGCCGUGGAGGAGCACAAGGCCGCUGAGAGGCAUCGUCAUCUGCUGGGCCAGUCAAAGUCCUCUCAGCCACUGGAUAGCGACUUGGUUUUUCAGACUUUACCUUUGGGGACUUUAAAAUUAGGAAACACAAAAUAUCCUACGAGUGAGUCAGGACAAGCUGCUCAGGAAGAGCCUGUGCCGUCCAGGGUAAGCCAUGGGGGUGAAGUGAGGCAUUCGAGCAAGCCUCAGUUCCAGUGCAAGAAGUGUUUUUACAAGACAAGGUCGUCCACUGUCCUCACCAGACACAUAAAGCUCCGGCACGGCCAGGACUACCACUUCCUCUGUAAAGCAUGUAAUCUUUACUCACUGAGCAAAGAGGGGAUGGAGAAACACAUCAAGAGAAGCAAGCAUCUUGAAAACGCUAAGAAAAAUAAUAUUGGCUUAAGCUUUGAAGAAUGUAUCGAGAGGGUGUGCAUAGGUGCCCAUGACAAAAAAGAAGAGCUUCCCGUGGCCGGCAGUGGCAGGCUGGAGGGCCACGUGGAUGGUGUGCAGCUACAGGAGCAGCCCUAUGUGGAGAAGAACAGGCUGGCACCCAAGGAGCUGUCCCAGCCGGGCGUGGGCGCCAGGGGUGAGGGGUCAGCUCUGAGCGGGACUCCAAAGAGAGGAAGGCCUAAAGGCAACAACACCUCUCGGACAUGUUCGCAUUGUGGACUUCUGGCCUCCAGCACGACGAACUUGACCGUACACAUCAGGCGGAAGCACAGUCACCAGUACAGCUACUUGUGCAAAGUGUGUAAGUAUUACACGGUCACCAAGGGAGACAUGGAGCGCCACUGCGCCACCAAGAAGCACAGAGGCCGCGUGGAGGUAGAAGCGCAUGGAAAGCAAAGUGCAGACAUCGUCGUUGGCCCCGAAGGGGGUAACCUGGAAGCCGGUGGAAAAAACUCGAGCGCAGCAGUGACCGUCUCCGCCGAGCCCGCCGAGCCAGAGCCCGCCGCGUCGGGAAGGCCGGUGUUCGACCCCGGACACCCAGAGGAAGUGGAGGUGGAGACGGGCCAGGACCCCGCCGGGAAGGGCCAGGCGGGCCCGGAGGCGCCGGACCUGACCCCGCCGGGAGGCGCCUGCGCCCCGAGGGACGCGGCGGGCCCCGGCGACCACCGCUGCGCGCACUGCGAGUUCCGCGCGCACUCGGCGGCGUCGCUGGAGCUGCACGUGAAGCGCCGGCACACGCGCGAGUUCGCCUUCUACUGCCUGGCCUGCGAGUACUACGCCGUCACGCCGCGCGAGAUGGGCCGGCACGCGGCCACCGAGAAGCACCGCGCGCGGCGCCAGGCCUUCCUGCGCGCGCCCGAGGAGCAGCGGCGCCAGGGCUGCGAGGCGCUCCCCGUGGCCGCGGCCCCGGCCCCGGCGCCCCCGCGCGCCCGCUCGCCCGAGCGCCCCGCGGGCCCAGACGCGCCCCGCUCCGCAGACGGGGAGGCCCAGGGAGCAGCUCACCUCGGGGCCGGCCACCCCCUCGGUGAGGCUUUCCAGCAGCCCCUCGCCAGGGAGAAAGGCCUGCACCCCGCGGAGACGGUGCCCCUUGGCGCUCCCUCCAACCACGGCUGCCCCAGCAAACCUCACGAGGAGAACUCGGGAACCUUGGCUCCCAAUUUUGAGACAGCAGCGCCCCCCGCCACGGCGAGCGACCCCGGGGAGCUUCGGCUGCGGGGCGACGGUGCGGGGGGCAGCCCGGCGGGGCGCGGGGGUGCAGUCCCGAGCCUGCUCGCCUGUCCCGGGGCUCCAGACCCCGCCCCUCCGCCCGAGGGUGCCGGGCAGGUGCCCGCGGCGGCGAGAAGGGCGAGGGGGCAGGAGGACCCGGAGGGCGGCGGCGGGGCGCAGGCCCCGGGGGCCCUGGAAGGCGCGCGCGAGGAUUCUGCUCUAGAAGAUGAGGCAGUGCUCCUGAACUCACAGCAGGAAGCCAAGAUGGUUCUGGAGGAGGAUGGCCCGGCUCCCGCUGGCACGGCCGAGAGCGGGGAUGUUUAUGAAACCGUCGUCAGUGUUGAUGAUAAAGGCCAGGCCGUGUACAGCCUCCGCCGUUUCGAUUCGUCCAUAAUAAGAAUAAAGAGCCCCGAAGACGGGGAACUGAUGGGCCAUUCUGAAGCGGGUCUCGUGGCCGGGGUGAGGACUGGUGAGUUGCCCGUGAAAGACGCGGCUCAAGGCGCGAGGAAGAAGAAAUCCGAAGGCGCUUCCCUGGGUGAGUCCUCGCGCAUCCGCUGUGACGACUGCGGCUUCCUGGCAGACGGCCUGAGCGGCCUGAACGUGCACAUCGCCAUGAAGCACCCCACGAAGGAGAAGCACUUCCACUGUCUGCUCUGCGGAAAGUCCUUCUACACGGAGAGCAACCUCCACCAGCAUUUGGCGAGCGCCGGCCACAUGAGAAACGAGCAGGCCAGCGUGGAGGAGCUCCCCGAGGGAGGGGCCACCUUCAAGUGUGUCAAGUGCACAGAGCCCUUCGACUCCGAGCAGAAUUUAUUCCUGCACAUCAAAGGGCAGCACGAGGAGUUGCUGCGGGAGGUGAACAAGUACAUCGUGGAAGACACUGAGCAAAUCAACCGCGAGCGAGAGGAGAACCAGGGCAACGUGUGCAAGUACUGUGGGAAGAUGUGUCGAAGUAGCAAUUCGAUGGCUUUCCUAGCACACAUCCGCACGCACACAGGAUCAAAACCAUUCAAGUGCAAGAUAUGCCAUUUUGCAACAGCUCAGCUUGGCGAUGCCAGAAACCAUGUCAAAAGGCACCUUGGGAUGAGGGAGUACAAGUGUCACGUCUGUGGGGUUGCUUUUGUAAUGAAGAAGCACCUAAAUACUCAUCUACUAGGCAAACAUGGAGUGGGCACCCCAAAAGAAAGGAAAUUUACAUGUCACUUAUGUGAUCGAAGUUUCACGGAGAAGUGGGCCCUCAACAACCACAUGAAGCUCCACACCGGGGAGAAGCCAUUUAAGUGUUCCUGGCCCACCUGCCAUUAUUCCUUCCUCACAGCCUCUGCCAUGAAGGACCACUACAGGACCCACACAGGCGAGAAGUCGUUCCUGUGUGACCUCUGUGGCUUUGCUGGUGGGACCCGGCACGCCCUCACCAAGCACCGCCGGCAGCACACAGGAGAAAAGCCUUUCAAAUGUGACGAAUGUAACUUUGCCUCCACCACCCAGUCCCAUCUGACUCGACAUAAGCGUGUGCACACCGGCGAGAAGCCCUACCGAUGCCCCUGGUGUGACUACAGGUCCAACUGCGCCGAGAACAUCCGCAAGCACAUCCUGCACACCGGGAAGCAUGAGGGCGUGAGGAUGUACAACUGCCCCAAGUGCGCCUACGGCACCAAUGUGCCCGUGGAGUUCCGCAACCACCUGAAGGAGCAGCACCCCGACAUCGAGAACCCCGACCUGGCCUACCUGCAUGCCGGCAUCGUCUCCAAGUCCUACGAGUGCCGCCUGAAGGGCCAGGGCGCCACCUUCGUGGAGACGGACAGCCCCUUCACGGCGGCCGGCCUGGUGGACGAGUCUCCGGUGAAGGACAGGCCAGUCCGGAGUGGCCGGCGGCAGGCGCCCACGGAGCAGGUGCAGCAGGUCAUCAUCAUCCAGGGCUAUGACGGGGAGUUUGCCCUGGACGCCUCCGUGGAGGAGACAGCCGCUGCUACGCUGCAGACGCUGGCGCUGGCCGGCCAGGUGGCCCGGGUGGUGCACAUCACGGAGGACGGGCAGGUCAUUGCCACCGGCCAGGCGGGCACGCAGACGGGUGGCGGCGCCCCCGGGGCCGUCCUGCCUGAGCAGCUGGAGGACGCAGCCGCCCAGGUGGUGGUCGUGGGGGCUUCCCUGGACGGCGCCGGCGCGGAGGAGCCCCUCAGCCCCGGGCGGGCCGCGAUCCAGCAGGUGACCAAGCAGGACCUGGUGGAGCUGGCCCAGGCCGGCGUCCCCGCGCCCGAUGCGGCCUCCGCCCUGGAUGCCCUGCUGUGCGCAGUCACUGAGUUGGGGGGCGUGGACGGCCGGGUGGGGCCCGAGGAGAAAGGCCGCCCCGGCCCUAGGGACGUGCUAGUCCAGCUCCCCGCGCAGGAGGCGCCCCUCGCCACCCAGCCCGAGGGUGCGCAGAUCCACAUGUUCCACGACCUGCAGGACGGCCCGGCCGCCGCGGAGCCUGUGGAGGUGCUGACCCAGGUCGUGCGGCCCACGGCCCUCAUCACCUCGCAGGAGCGUGCCCAGGUGGCCUUCAAGAAGGUGGUCCAGGGCGUCCUUCAGUUCGCUGUGUGCGACCCGGCGGGCGGCCAGCUGGUGAAGGAGGGCGUCACGCAGGUCAUCGUGAACGAGGAGGGUGCCGUGCACAUGCUGGCGCAGGAGGGCGCCCAGAUCAUCAUGCAGGAGGCCGAGGCGCCCGGCCCGCACGUGGACCUGGCCGAGCCGGACGGCGAGAUCUCCCAGAUCAUCGUGACGGAGGAGCUGGUGCAGGCCAUGGUGCAGGAGUCCCGCGGCCCCUUCCCCGAGGGCGCCACCCACUACAUCGUGACGGAGCUGCCGCCGGGGGUGCGGGACUCGCCAGGCGUGUUCUCCCACACGGUCAUCGAGGCGGCCGACUCGCAGGAGGUGCUGCAAGCCGGGGCGGCGCUCAGCGCGGAGGCCGUGGUGCCGGCCGGGAGCGAACAGCUGACCAGCAUGGUCAUUUACACCCAGGAGGGCUCCUCGGCCGCCGCCGUGCUCCAGAGCCAGAGGGAGAGCAGCGAGCUCCAGGAAGCCUGAGCGGCCCUCCCUGACGCCGGCUCUCCCCGCGGCGCCACCGCCCUGGCCCGGGACGGCGCCGGCCCUGGAGGCCCCAGGGGAGCGGCUGCGCCCCCGUCUGUCCAUCUGUGGCGCCGAGAAGCAGCUCAGCUCUCUGCUGGCCUCUUCCCCACAGACGUCCCUCCCGUCUCAGCCCCCGCGGGGCGGCACAGGGCCUGGGGGCGAGAAACGGCCCGUCCGCUCCUGCUGGGCGCGGCUGCCGGAACGGUUCUUCUGUAUUUGGUUAAAAGUUGCGGCCGCGAGCGUGCCCGUCGCAAGCUGUCCGCUCCGUUCACUUUUUGAAAUUUUGGGAUCGCGGUGUCCCCAGACCAAAGGAAGCCCGUCGGCCCAUUCGCGUGUGGGCUCCCUCCUCGGCCCUGGCGGAGAGGCGCCGGGGCCGGGGCCUGGGGCGGGAGGAGAGUGUGCCUGUCAGCGCCCGGCGCGGCCGGUCUCGACCUAGUUUCGUACGAUAGAGUCUCUAUAUGAAAUGUGCGCCCUGGAAAAUACUGUUCAUAUCAAUAUUUUGCUUUUUAUAACAAAUGUUUGUUCGUAUCGAUAUCAUUUUUGCAGGAUUGUUUGUGUCAGGGGGCGCGCUGACCUUAAACGUCAUGCCGGAGGCGGCCCGGCCUCAACCGGCCUCCCUGCCCAGGCGGCCACGCUCGGGCGGCCCGGCGGGGUCCCCGCUGCGGCCCUCGGGUCUCGGUGCCGUUGCGCUGCUUCCUCCCCCAGAGCUGUAAAGUAGCCCUGCCCGCAAACGCACAGGUUGUUUCUGUUCUGUUUCUUUUUUCUUUGAAAUAAAAUUAGAGCAUUAA